AUGGCGGCGGUGGUGGCGCGGUCGGAGGUGGAGGCGAUGGUGCAGCUGCUGGGCGCGGACAAGGCCAGGCAGCGCGAGGAGGGCUUUAGGAGGCUGCAUCGCUACAUGCACGACUCGUGCAUGCUGUCCUUCUGCACCGCUCUGGACCGAGCGCUGUGCACGGCCAUCAACAGGGACGUGCUCGCCACAAACGCCACGCGCACGCGCCGCACCCACAGGCAGGAAGCAGCGAGGGAGCUGCGGAGGCUGAUAGAGGCGGCAGAUGAGAGAGGUGCUGUGAGGGAGAGGGGGGGAGGAAGGGGGGGUGUGAGAGGGAGUUGGAGGGGUUUGCAUGCAGAGGGGGGUGGGUGGGUGGAUGCAGUGAUACCCCCACCCCCUCUAGCGCUCACCCCUUGUGCCUCAGCAGCAGGGUGUGCACGGCGUGGUGGGCACGGUGUGUCAGCACAUAGCAGCCACACUAAUCGUCUAAUUCUCCUUCCUCCUUUGCUCCCCUCCCCUGCCUUCCCAGUCCCCCCACCCCCACUGGGCGCCCACCCCUUGCGCCUAGCCAACAGGGUGCGCACACUGUGCCAGCACAUAUCAACCACGCUGCCCCUGGCGCCCUCCUUCCUCACCGACUACUGUCACACGCUGCUCGCGCUGCUUGCCGUGCCUGACUAUGCGCUCUGCAUCACCCACACCAAGACACUGCGAGAGCUCAUCACAUUCUUUAUGAGCCACCUGGAGCUGGCAGUUGGAGCAGCUACCGCCACCACAACACCAGGAGUGCUCCUCCCGCCCGCGUCGGCAUCACCUGCUGCUGGUGCCGCUACAGUGUCCAGUCUGGAGGCCGCUUCCUCCGUGCUGGCGCUGACUCGCUGUGCUGCGGGCGGAGCCUCCCUGAAGGUGCAGCAGCAGCGCGACAUGGUAGCCAGCUUUACCCGCAUCUUCACUCACCUCAGUGACGACGGCCGGUUGGCACGCAAGCUGCUGGCGUGUGGGGCAGCCUUCCUCGCAGCGUGUGGGAGGGGCCUUGCUGCAGCAGGGGAACUGGCGGGGCUGCUAGGUGCACUCAGGGGCUUUGUGGUGCGCACGUGGCACUGCACUCGGGAUGAGAAUGUCAUGGAGGGCCUCGUUCUCUCUGCGCGCAUGCUCGUGCGCCUCACAGCAGGAGGGGAACUGCACGACGGCGAUGAUGGGAGCGAGGAGGGGGCGGAGGGGGCACCGCUGGCAGCAGGAGGGGGUGGAGGGGGCAGCAGCAAGGUGCAGAGCGAGUUGCAGAGGGAGGUGCAGAGGGAGGUGCAGAGGGAGGUGCUGUUGCUGGUGGUGAAGGAACUCUCGCGCUCCUCCACUGCUGCUAGCACCACUGCCUCUGCCAGCCUGCUUCGAGGGUGCGUGGCGGGGCGGCUCCCCCAGCAAUGCACUGCUUCCCUCCCUGUACGCCUCACUGCUUCCCUCCCUGUACGCCUCACUGCUUCCCUCCCUGUACGCCUCACUGCUUCCCUCCCUGUACGCCUCACUGCUUCCCUCCCUGUACGCCUCACUGCUUCCCUCCCUGUACGCCUCACUGCUUCCCUCCCUGUACGCCGCACUGCUUCCCUCCCUGUACGCCUCACUGCUUCCCUCCCUGUACGCCUCACUGCUUCCUUCCCUGUACGCCUCACUGCUUCCCUCCCUGUACGCCUCACUGCUUCCCUCCCUGUACGCCGCACUGCUUCCCUCCCUAUACGCCUCACUGCUUCCCUCCCUGUACGCCUCACUGCUUCCCUCCCUGUACGCCUCACUGCUUCCCUCCCUGUACGCCUCACUGCUUCCCUCCCUGUACGCCUCACUGCUUCCCUCCCUGUACGCCUCACUGCUUCCCUCCCUGUACGCCUCACUGCUUCCCUCCCUGUACGCCUCACUGCUUCCCUCCCUGUACGCCUCACUGCUUCCCUCCCUGUACGCCUCACUGCUUCCCUCCCUGUACGCCUCACUGCUUCCCUCCCUGUACGCCUCACUGCUUCCCUCCCUGUACGCCGCACUGCUUCCCUCCCUGUACGCCUCACUGCUUCCCUCCCUGUACGCCUCACUGCUUCCUUCCCUGUACGCCUCACUGCUUCCCUCCCUGUACGCCUCACUGCUUCCCUCCCUGUACGCCUCACUGCUUCCCUCCCUGUACGCCGCACUGCUUCCCUCCCUAUACGCCUCACUGCUUCCCUCCCUGUACGCCUCACUGCUUCCCUCCCUGUACGCCUCACUGCUUCCCUCCCUGUACGCCUCACUGCUUCCCUCCCUGUACGCCUCACUGCUUCCCUCCCUGUACGCCUCACUGCUUCCCUCCCUGUACGCCUCACUGCUUCCCUCCCUGUACGCCUCACUGCUUCCCUCCCUGUACGCCUCACUGCUUCCCUCCCUGUACGCCUCACUGCUUCCUUCCCUGUACGCCUCACUGCUUCCCUCCCUGUACGCCUCACUGCUUUUCUGGAUGUGCGGGCAGUGACAGCAGCGUCCAGGUCAUCGCUGCACGCAUCAUCCUCCGUGGCGCAAUCCCAUUGGCCAAUCAUGGACCUCGCUGCCUCGCUCCUCUCCCAGGUGCCAUCGCCUCACCUCCUCUCCUUCCCAACAUUCCCCCUUCUCCCGCCAUUACUCACUCUAUCUCCUCCCCUCCCUUCCACCUUUGCCCGCCACCUCUCAUGUCAUACAUUCACUCUCCCUCCGUCCCCGCUCCCUUCUCCCCCAUACUCCCUUCUUGCUCUCUUGUUCUCGUCCCAUUGCGGCGGCGUGGGAGCAGGAGCACUGGCAGGUGUAUGUGUGGGCGCUGCUUAUGAAGGCAGUGGUGGUGGUGCGGGUGGCUCCUCGGCACUGCUCCCUGGUGAGGCACUGCUCCCUGGUGAGGCACUGCUCCCUGGUGAGGCACUGCUCCCUGGUGAGGCACUGCUCCCUGGUGAGGCACUGCUCCCUGGUGAGGCACUGCUCCCUGGUGAGGCACUGCUCCCUGGUGAGGCACUGCUCCCUGGUGAGGCACUGCUCCCUGGUGAGGCACUGCUCCCUGGUGAGGCACUGCUCCCUGGUGAGGCACUGCUCCCUGGUGAGGCACUGCUCCCUGGUGAGGCACUGCUCCCUGGUGAGGCACUGCUCCCUGGUGAGGCACUGCUCCCUGGUGAGGCACUGCUCCCUGGUGAGGCACUGCUCCCUGGUGAGGCACUGCUCCCUGGUGAGGCACUGCUCCCUGGUGAGGCACUGCUCCCUGGUGAGGCGUGCCCGCUUCCGUACUCUACUUCCGCCAGUCUUGCUUCUCCUCAAACCUUCCUUCUUCCAGCACUUACCGCUCUCUUCGUUGCUUCUGCAUCUCUUACCCCUCCCUCCAUCCCUCCCCCCCUCCCUCCAUCCCUUCCCCCUCCCUCCAUUUCUCCCCGCUCCCUCCACCCCUCCCCUUUCCUCACGUCUCUCCCCCAUUCCUCCAUCUCGUGCCUCUCCCUCCAUCGCCCCCGCUCCCACCACCUGCAGGCUAACAGCCCUGUGUGUGCUGCUCUGCGACCACAGCCACUCCAUACCGCCACACACCCUGCACCGCUGGCUUGCCCUCCUGCACUCGCACCUCGCCAGGCGCUUCUUGAGGCGCCACAAGUCCGCUGUCUGCGUGUGUACCUCCGUGCCUCCGGGGCAGCAGAGCAGGUGGAUGCAGGAUGCGAGGCACAAGGGCUCGUUGCCAACACCCAUCUGGGCGCUCAGUCAGCAACAGGGUGCCUGCAGCAGCUGUGCACGCUGCUCACCGCUCCUCACCCUCUGCAUCGGUCAAGCCAAGUUCCUCUCAGCAGCAGCCCCGCAGCAGCUUCACCACAGCACCCGCAGCACCCUCCUCCGCAGCAUCUGUCGCUUGCUGCUCUGUGGCAGAGCGUGUGGGGCGAGGUCACUGCUGCUCUCCCUGCGCUGCCUCUUGCAUUGGUGGAGCCAUGCCUCUCGCUCCUCUCCACCUUACUGCAAGCGGUGAGUGCAGGUGCCAUGUGCCAUUUGCAACCAU